AUGAACGAAAAUUUUCAAUCCAUGAUUUCAAUCGUUGAACCAAUUACCCCUGAUGACUACGAUCCUGUGCAAAAUCAAGCGGUAAAUAAUGCGCAGAAGUUAAUCAAACCUCCAUUUCCACCCAUGAUCGAUCCUUGUGAUUUAAUCGUUUUGCGUCCAGAUGGUCAUGUUCCUAGAACUCCCAACGCCUUUAUAAUCUAUCGAAAAUUAUUCGUUAAAGCCGCAUCUAUUUACAAACAUAAUUUACCCAUGAGCAUUAUUUCUUCUAUAGCAUCUAAAUCAUGGGAACAAGAACCGGAUGAUGUCAAAGGAGAAUAUAAGAGAAUUGCAAAGGAAGCUUUUAAUUAUCGUAAUAAAUUAUUUCCUGGACUUAAGAGUGUAAGCAGGAGAAAUCGAUGGAGAACAAUUUUAUUUAAUAAGCCUUAUAUUCGCAAGAUUAGAAUACCUAAAUCUAGGAAAUCUAUCAAUAAUAAGCACACGAAACCAAAACAACCCAAAUCACCAAUUACAUCUACUUCGAAACUUGAAAUUGGUGGUUUAAACGAAAUUAGUUCACCGACCCUUAAUUUGUAUGUAGACUGGACCAAUCAAGAUAUUCCAAUAGUUUCAAGUCCCAACUUAUCAGCACAACAACAAUUAAAUUUGUCACGAAUUGAUAACAACAUUGCAUGUGACAACCAUUUAUUCGUUGAUGAAUUUGGAGCUUCGGCUUUCCCUGAAGAUAAUUUAUUUGAGAUCUUUGAUUUUCAAAACACGAUCUCUUUGGAUCGUUUAUGA